AACCUCUCUGUGGACUCCAGUGGCUUUUCUUCUCCACCUGUUAAUUUCCUUCAAGAAUUGCCAAGCUAUCGGUCCAUUGCACGCAGGAGGACAACCAUUCUUCCCCGAGACAAGCAAAGUGGCACUUUGCUGAAGCCAACAGACUCUUACAGCUCUCAGCUGGAGGGAGGAAUCACUGAAAACCUCAAUAGCCAGUCAAUUCGGAAGUAUGCACUGAACAUCUCUGAGAAGCGGAGGCUAAGGAACAUUCAGGAGACCCAAAUGAAGUAUUUAUCUGAGUGGGACCAGUGGAAACGGUACAGCAGCAAGUCUUGGAAGAGGUUCAUAGGGAAGGCUCGUGAGAUGACCACCCACCUGGAGCUGUGGCGGGAGGACAUUCGCAGCAUAGAAGGGAAAUUUGGCACUGGGAUUCAGUCCUAUUUCUCCUUCUUGCGGUUUCUGGUGUUGCUGAAUUUGGUGAUAUUUCUGAUCAUCUUUAUGCUGGUUUUGCUCCCAGUCUUGCUCACCAAAUACAACAUCACCAACAGCACCUUCGUGCUCAUUCCAUCCAAAGACACGGAUGUUCAGUGCACCAUAUAUCCAAUAAGUAGCUCUGGACUCAUAUACUUUUAUAGUUAUGUCAUAGACUUGCUCUCCGGCACGGGUUUCUUGGAGGAGACCUGCCUCUUUUAUGGACAUUACACCAUUGAUGGAGUGAAAUUUCACAACUUCACCUAUGAUCUGCCCCUGGCUUAUUUAUUAAGCACAAUUGCCUACCUGGCCCUGAGCCUUCUUUGGAUAGUGAAAAGGUCGGUGGAAGGAUUCAAAAUCAACCUGAUCCGGAGUGAGGAGCACUUCCAGAGUUACUGCAACAAGAUCUUUGCCGGCUGGGACUUCUGCAUCACCAACCGCAGCAUGGCGGACCUGAAGCACAGUAGCCUGCGGUAUGAGCUCCGAGCAGAUCUCGAGGAAGAAAGAAUUCGGCAGAAGAUAGCAGAAAGGACAUCAGAAGAGACCAUACGGAUUUACUCUCUGAGACUGUUUUUGAACUGUAUUGUUCUAGCCGUUUUAGCCGCAUGCUUUUAUGCAAUCUAUAGAGCGACAAUAUUCUCACAAGAGCACAUGAAAAAAGAAAUUGACAAGAUGGUUUUUGGAGAGAACCUUUUGAUACUGUACCUGCCUUCUAUUGUGAUCACGCUGGCCAAUUUUAUCACCCCAAUGAUCUUUGCCAAGAUCAUCCACUAUGAGGAUUAUUCUCCAGGCUUUGAGAUCCGGCUGACAAUCCUUAGGUGUGUCUUUAUGCGGCUGGCUACCAUCUGUGUGCUGGUGUUCACCCUGGGCUCCAAGAUUACAUCCUGUGAUAACUACUCCUGUGAGCUGUGUGGCUACAACCAGAAACUCUACCCGUGCUGGGAGACCCAGGUUGGGCAGGAAAUGUACAAGCUGAUGAUCUUUGACCUCAUCAUCAUCUUGGCUGUGACGCUUUUUGUGGAUUUUCCCAGAAAGCUCCUGGUGACCUACUGUUCUUCUUGGAAGCUGAUUCAGUGCUGGGGACAACAGGAAUUUGCCAUUCCUGAUAACGUCCUGGGGAUCGUCUAUGGGCAAACCAUUUGCUGGAUUGGAGCCUUUUUCUCACCUCUUCUCCCUGCCAUUGCAACCUUGAAGUUCAUUAUCAUCUUUUAUGUGAAAGAGAUGAGUCUUCUUUAUACCUGCCGACCCUCCCCCAGGCAGUUCAGAGCCUCCAAUUCUAAUUUCUUCUUCUUGUUGGUGUUGUUGAUUGGGUUGUGUUUGGCCAUAAUACCUCUGACAAUCAGCAUGGCACGCAUCCCUUCCUCGAAAGCCUGUGGGCCGUUCACCAACUUCAACACCACGUGGGAGGUGGUCCCCAAGACAGUGAGCACCUUUCCCAGCUCUCUGCAGUCCCUGGUCUAUGGCGUCACAUCGGAAGCCUUCGCAGUGCCUUUCUUCAUGAUCAUCUGCCUCAUCAUGUUUUACUUCAUCGCCCUGGCCGGAGCGCACAAGCGGGUGGUGGUCCAGCUCCGAGAGCAGCUGUCCCUGGAAAGUCGUGACAAGCGUUACCUGAUCCAGAAACUAACAGAAGCCCAGAAGGAUAUGAAGAACCGACUGGAUGGGCAAUGAGGAUCCUGCUCGUUAAGCUGAACUUGUGACCAGCCGAGCCUACACAGUCCACCUGGGUUUGGAGCGGAACUUGUAAAAUAUAUUUUUCUGGAGUUCAGGUCUUUCC